AUGGUUGUCCGAGACGCUACGUACUCAGCCAGCGGUGAAACUGGCCAAUCCAUGCGGCACUGGGUUUCCUCCCAGUUUGGAAAGUUAUUAGACUGCCGAUGUCGUGCUCAUAAUGGUGUGCACCAAUUACUGAGGUGCAGUAUCAACCUUAGCCUUUACGUGGGUCGCGAAGCAGGCCAGUCUGAUCGUUCCGCACGGAUGAACACAGCAAACACCGGUAAAGACCGGAAUUCAUCUCAUGCUUCCCCAAUGACCAGUGCAAGAUGA